GAUUUGACAUUUUUAUGGGCGGUGUAAAUUUAAGUGGUGGUUUGGCGUGUAGUACACUUUAGUCUGGUAGAUAAUUGCGAACGACGUGUGGGCUCCAUCUGCAUUGUAGAAGGGGUAGACGUAGCAAAGUUACUGCAGAAAGGUUGAAUCGGAGCGAUGGAAGGAAAGGGAAAUGGGUUGCGAAGAACAAGGGUGCCAACUAUAGCCAGGGAUGAGGAUAAAAGUGACACUUUGUAUGAUUCCUUGCAUUGGGGGAGAUCAGCCUGUCACAAGGCAUCUACACACAGGACAACACAAAGACUGAAAAUGCAGAUAUACAUCCAUGCCCUGAGUGGGAUCGAAACCUGUGAUCUCAAUGUUCAAACAGUACAGAACAGUACAUGCCAUGCUUCCAUUGAAAAUGAUAUGGUCUUCAAAUGCUUGGAGAAAAAUAAUUAUCAAAACGAAAAAUGCGUUGCAUAUUUUGAGAACUACAAGUGCUGCAAAAAUUUUUGGGCAAGAAUUCGUGCUGAUAGAAGACAACAAGGUAAAGUGCCCCACUUACCUCCUCCUGAGGAACGUGAGAAGAUUCGGGCUGCAUAUGUUGGAAGCAAGACACAUCAGAAGUCGUAGUGAUUUAGUGAGCUGUAAUAAAUUUUUGUAAAAAUGUUAUGCAUUGAAACUUUACAGAGUUGUAUACCCUAAUUUUAGAUCUCUUCAGAUCAAAGUACAUUUGGAUUUUCAGUAUAAUUUUAUUGAAGUUUGAAUUGGUCAUUGAAAAAUUUUCAAAAAUUAGAAUUUAAGUAUAGGCCAUACUCGUAUGUCUGUGAAUCUGUUUUCUCAUUAUUGCUAUUUUAUAACCUCCAGUUAUUGCAUUUAAGUUAAUCAUCAUUUCACAAAUGAAACUUGAUCUGUCUGCAAAAUUUAAGUACUAGGGUAUAAUUUUCAUUGCAUUAUCAGGCAAAAUAACAGAAAUGUAUUCUUUCUACCAGAAAAUCCUGAAAUUUCAAAUAUCAGUACAUGUUGAAGUGUGACUACUUUGUAAGAUAUGUGCAAUUUCUGGUUGUAAAUAGAUGAACAAAUGUUCA